AUGACACUUUAUUAAUAAUAAAUUAAAAAAAAGAAUGGACCUGAUAAAGAUUCUAUUAUAUUUUCUUCAGAAGAUUCAUUUAAUAGCGACUAUUCAUUUAACUCUUCAGUUUUAAAUGAUAACAACAAUGGUGAUUAAAAUAAUAAAAUUAUAUAUUUUUUUUAUCUAAAAAUAAUAGACUACAAAAAUACAUUCUUUCAUUUAAAGGAAUAGAUGAAUUAACUAUUUUAAUAAACUCCAGAACUUUAAGAUAAUUUAAAAUUUGAUUAAAUGUAUGGUAAAGAAAAUGAAUAAGAAGAAAGUUAAAUUUAAUAAUCAUAAAAGCCAAUAUAUUAGAAUUAAGAAACAGAAGAAAAAAAACAAAAAGAGAAAGAAUUUAAACAAAAAUCUAAGUUAUGGUAAACUUUAAGUAAUAAUAUAAUAAGAAAUAGCCAUUAUUAAUCAAAAAUACCUUCUUUGGAAGCAUUAAAUCAUAGGUUAAACAUAUUUAAAUAAAAUAUAGAAAAAAUAGAUUACUUAGAAUUUUUAACUAAAGAAAAUAAAUAAUAAACAUAAAAGGAUGAAAAUAUAAACGAAAAUAACAUAAAUAGAAACAACAUUUAAACAUAAAACAAUAAUGUUAUCAAUAGCAAUUAUUUGGCAAAAAAUAAUGAUUCUGAGAAUAGUUAAACAGAAGAACAAUUCGAUUUAAACGGAGAAAUAAAAUAUUAUUCAUAUAAAAUGAAAAUUGAAUAAUAACAAAGAGAAUUAAGAUAAAAGUAACUCGAAAUCUCAUUAAAGAAAAAAAGAUUAUAAUCAGAAAAAAGAAAAAAUAUUUUAAGCUUUGAUAAUUCAAAAGAAAUUAUUUAGUUAUAAGAUAAGAUAAUUCAAUUGAAUCAGAAGAAUAGCUUAAAAAAAGAUCAGUUUAAGACUAAUAUUGGAAAAGCCCUUUUUUAAGCACUUUAGUAAAGUAAAGGAGAUAAAGAAAUGUUUAGAAAAAUUGCUUAUAAUACUCUGAAAGAAUAUAACAGAAGUAAAUAGAAUUUAUUCAAAAACAAAAAAUUUCCUCCUCAAAUUCCAAAGUUUAUUUAAGAGGAUAAUAAAUUUCUAAAUUAGUUUUUACCUGAUUUUAAUAACCCUUUAUUUGAAAGAAAUAAAGGAGAUCCUUUUGAAUUUGUAAAAGAAUAUCAGCCCGAUAUAUGUAGUUAAGAAUAUGAAUAAUUAUAAAUUAUCGAACAUAUUUCUAAAGGAAAAUUUAUUAAUUUAUGGAAAGAUAAUUUUAAUGAAUGA